AAGCAGAGCAGAGCAGAGCAGGGCAGGGCGAAGAAUGUUUCAACUUUCAAGCCUACUUCUUUUCUAUAUAAACCUAUUAAUGCAUGCAUAGCAAUACCAAUAUACCAUUGCUCAGCUCAGUGAUACAAUUAAUCAAAGACAUGGCUAUGAAACUGCUCCUCGUCGCACUCCUCGCCUUGGCUUUCGCUCUUGCUGUAUUGGCUUCAGAUCCUAGUCCCCUUCAGGACUUCUGCGUCGCAGAUGAUAGCUCCAAAGUGUUCGUCAACGGCGCCGUAUGCAAGAACAUGAACGACGUCACAGCCGACGACUUCUACACUUCUGGCCUCGACAAGCCCGGCAACACCGUCAACAAUGUCCGCUCCAACGUCACCGCCGUCAACCUGAAUAAGAUCCCCGGGCUGAACACCCUCGGCAUCUCCUUGGCUCGCAUAGACUUCGCGCCUAAUGGGCUCAACCCUCCCCACACCCACCCUCGCGCCACUGAGAUCCUCGUCGUGCUAGAAGGAGAGCUCUACGUCGGCUUUGUGACGUCCAACAUCGGCCAAACCAACCGCCUCUUCACUAAGAAUUUGAAGAAGGGUGACGUCUUUGUGUUCCCCCAAGGCCUCAUCCACUUCCAACUCAACACGGGCAAAUACAAUGCCGUUGCGCUCGCCGGUCUCAGCAGUCAAAACCCGGGCGUCAUUACCAUUGCCAAGGCUGUGUUCGGCUCGACGCCGCCCAUUUCCGAUGAUGUGCUCGCCAAGGCUUUUCAGGUGGACAAACGCCUCGUUGACCGGCUCCAAGCUCAACAAUGGACGGACAACAACAAUUAGCAACUUUCACUUUCUCAACCAACCCUCACUCACUCGCUUAAUUAAUUAAUUAAUUAAUUGCCAAUAAAUCAUCUGCAUGAAGUAUUGUUGUUGUUACUCUACGUUGAUAUUCUGUUGCUUUACUAUUUUUGGAUUCCAAAUCAAUAAAAGAAGCUAAGGGAAAAAUGGAAAAAUAAAGAAUCAUUAUUGAUA